AUGUUGAAGCGAAUGGACAAGAUGAAGGCAGAGAUGGAAGCAGGGAGAGAGGCCACCCGCAAACAACUUGAUGCCCUACAGAAGCAGCAGGAGACCCUGCAAAACAUCUCCAGUCCAGAGGACUUCGUGAAUUUCAUGCAGCAGGAAGGAAUGUCCAACGAAGACAUUCAAAGGAUGCUGACAGAUCCUGGUGAAAUGGAAGAGUUGAUGUCGAAGCUGGUCAACAAUGCUGGGGAUCCAGGUGAGCACACCAAAAAGCUGAACGGUGCUGAGGAGGCUGCGAAAGAAGCAGAGGAGCUUCACAAGCGUCUUUGUGGUGCACCGAAAAAGGCAGCUCCAGAAGUGAAGGUCAUAAAGACACCGGAGGUCAUACUUCCAAACCAUCGACUGCAGUACAAGAAGGAUGAUGACGGAAAAUACAGUGCAAUGGAACUGAUUUGUGAGCUCCCAGGCGUGCAGGACAUGAGCUGCAUUGUCUUGGACAUUGCAGAGAAACACGUGCGUCUCAAUACCGUUGCAACUCGUUGCAAAGACGGCCGUUGA